AUGCCGCUGUAGUAAUACCCCCGUUUCAUCGACGCAUGCGUGCUCCUACUAGUACAGUCGUCAACAACAAUGGCUGCUAACUGCACGUUUGUGUGUUGUGAAGAAGAAAGAGAUACAGAUAAAGCUGCUAUUGUUCAGUUUUCCAAUGGAAAUAUAAAGAACGCAGAGCAGCUGGACUUCACGUUCUACAAGAACACAGACGAGGAACAUCCUCGAAAGAAAUCGAGACGUUUGUUGGUUGCUGAAUCCGACAGACUAUCGUAUGUUGCAAACAAUUUUGGGCCAGGAUCGUUAAAAUGCAACAACCUUUGCAAAUACUAUGUUGGGGUGCUGAACAAAGACACCAUGGAGAUGGAAAUGCACAGUGCUCAGCUCUUUAAAAUGCAACCUUUUAUUGCAGGCGAGCCGAAGGUGACCGAACAGGUUGACAACGCUACCCUGACCUAUUCUGAAAAGUUGAACUCCCUUGUUGAGGCGUUUGGAACCACCAAACAGAAGAGAGCCCUGUCCUCUCAUCGGCUGAACAAGGUGGGCGCCGAAUCCCUGCAGCGGGCCGUGGCCAAGGCUGCCAACAGCGUGAUCGAACAAAAGGGAUUUGCAGCUCUCAGUGAAGAGCUCCAUGAGGCCAGUAACCAACUAGACAUGGCUUUAUACAUCCCCCCAUGCUACCCUGACGCUGAAAGGCCUGAAGAUGUCUACUUGUUUGAUGACCUCUUGUCCCCGGCGGAUUAUGAAGAGUUGGCUGUAGCUGGUUCCCAAAUGGCUUCUCUGGCAGAAGAGGGUCUGCAGACAUUGAAGGAUGGCAAAUAUUUGAGCAUCGUUAAGCAUAUGGAAUCUCUACCAAAUGGAAAGGAUGCCAGGGAGAAGAUGUUGCGCUGCUGUGCCUACCUCUACCUGCUCCUGCAGCUGCAUCGAGCUGGAAGGGUUAAUGGCAAAUUUGGCCAGAAUGAAGGGUGCACCUUCAAUCUCCGGAAAAAAAUCUUUAGGACCUUUACUGUGGAGUCCUUUCGGAAAGGCUGUCUGAAUAACCAAGUGUCCCCGUCCAUGCGUGCGAAGAUUGCAGCCUACUGCCUCGCACUGCAGCUACACAUGGGUUACAUGUCGGUGAACCUGACGCUGCUGCAGCGAGACCUGUUAGUCAAGGAGAUGUGGAUAAUGGAGGUUGCCAAAUCAAUGGGACUGACUCUCAUAAAGCCUGCCCGUGUCAAAGGAGCGACGCUUGACCCAGCAGAGGACCACAAAUUCGCCACUCUGGUUCUCCCUCUGGUCAAAUAUAAAGCCAAGUUGGAUAGGAGUUUUAAGAAAAAAAGAGAGUAGAGGAAGAAUUACAGAAGCGGGAGAAAGAGGUGCAAGUCAAAGAGUACAUCACACUUUGAAACAAAUCUACUGUAUUUCAUCAAAAUAAAACGUAUAAAGCA